AUGACAAUUCAGCAUUAUGAAGGGGCCUCAAUUGCAUCAUCAGUCAUUAAUACCGUCAACACGGUUAUCGGGGCAGGAAUUUUGGUUCUACCAUAUGCGUUCCGAACACAGUCAAUAAUCGGAGGAACCUUUAUCAUUAUUUUUGCCGGUAUUGCAAAUGGUGUCGGUAUGGUAUUACAAGGUGCAGCUUCCAAGUUUCUUCCACAAGGAACGGCCACCUUUUUUACGGUGUGUAGAAUCACAUAUCCGGGAUUAUCGCUUUUGUUUGAUUUUGCCAUCUUUCUCCAAUGUUUUGGUGUUGGGGUUUCUUAUAUUGUCUUAACAGGUGAUCUUCUACCACUGGUAUACACCUUUGAUGGUUGGGAUGAGCAUUCGAUGAAGUUUUUCUAUGUUCUGGGAUCUGCAUUUUUGGUUGUUCCAUUGUGCUACAUGAAAAAAAUUGAUAGCUUAAAAUAUGCAUCUAUCAUUGCCUUACUCGCCAUCGUGUACAUUGCAUUUUUGAUAUACGGAUACUUUUUCUACGCUAUUUUCACUAACUAUGAGAAAAUUCCACCUGAAAAACUGGGUGGAAUUUCAUUCUUCAAGCCAGAAGGUAUCAAACCAGUUUUCAAAACUUUAGGUGUGGUCGUUUUGGCCUAUACUUGCCCUACUCAAUUUUCUAUCGUUGGAGAGUUAGCAAAUCCAAGUAUGGAAAGAAUUACCAACAUAGUUUUCAUUUCUCUUGGAAUUAUUUCUUCGAUAUUUGUUUCUGUUGGAUUGGCUGGUUAUCUAACCUUUGGUAAUACUCUAUCCGGAAAUAUCCUUCUAAUGUAUGAAAAUAAUUUCUACACUCAAACGGGACGUGCACUAUUAGUGUUGAUGGUUGUUUUGUCGUUUCCAUUAAUGUUCCAUCCAGCUAGGGUGUCUUUUAAUAACGUAUGUCACAUUGUUACUAAAAGUGUUGUCAGCUCGGGUACUGGAAACGAUGUCGCUGUCAACAGUAGGUCACCUUUGCUACCAAGUAACGAGGAAGAGCAUCAUGUGCAUUUGUUAGAACUGGUUGAAGAAGAGGAUGUCCCAAUGUCUAAUACUAGAUUCUUUAUUUUGACUGUUCUCCUUCUUGCUGCUUCAUACACUACAGCCUUAUCUUUGAAGUCUUUCGAAUUAAUUUUGGCUGUUGUGGGUGCAACAGGAGGUGUCUUAAUUAGUUUUGUUUUGCCCGGAUUCUAUGGAUACAAACUUAUUGCCUCCGAUGACGAAAGAUACACCAGAAGGUUAUAUAAAUAUUCACCAAACGAAGCACAAAAUCGUAUCUUUCAAAGUAAGUUGUUGAAGAACGUGUCUUUAUUUUUGAUUGUGUGGGGACUUGUUGUAAUGAUGAUCUGUCUCUGGGCCAUUUUUUUUACCUAA